AUGUCGCCCGAACACAUCAGAUCAAAUAUUCAUCGCUUUCGCGUCCGACAGACUUCCCCAUCCUCGCCAGCCCUGCGCCGCUCGGCUUCUCCUCCCGCCAUACGCCCUCCACUGCCGCCCCAGACACCGUCCUCAGCAGUCCACCCGGGCCCUCCGGAUGCCGUCCCCGAUGUCUCAUCGUCAGCGGUAGCAGCAGCAGCCGUCGCGGCGUCAGUCUCGGGCUCGGCCCCAGCGCCGCCGUCAGGUCCAAUCUCACCGGCGCUGACAGGUCAAAGUCCUACCGCAGGUGCGGCUGCUGCCAACAUCUCCACCUCCGGAGCAGCAUCGGCAUCAGCAGUAGUAGCAGCAGCAGGAGCGGUGCCAUCACCCAUCUCGGCAUCAUCGCCAAAGGUCGCCCGUGAUAUCCCCGCCUGUGAUCGCUGCCGCAGCUUCAAGAAGAAGUGCAGUCGCACGUUUCCCAUCUGCACCCUAUGUGCCAACGCGGGACACAAGUGUUCUUUCUCCACUCCCGCCGCCUCUACAGCUGCCCAGACGCACCAUCUGCGCGCUCGGAUAGAAUGGCUCUCGCGCUUCAUCAACGAGAACUUGCCCGUCGCCGGCGCCCCUGGCGUAGAGAGCCUUGACACGGGCACAGAUAUUGCCUCCGUGUUGGGAUCCUCGCCGGCGGCUACUACGAUCACGGCCGUGGGUCAGGCGAUGGACAUUCUUCCGGCCACGCCAGCGGCGAAUGGAGCUACGCCCGGGUCUAUUAUCAGUGCAGAGAGUAACCGCGCGGAACCGCGGGACACAUUUGCCGUACAUCAGCAACCGCUUGGCACAUCGGGCCCGAUCCUCUUUGAUCAAAGAAGUCUUGCGGUUAACGUAGACACGGAAUCAUCGUCGUCAAGGGGCCAUGAUCACAUGCGAGCUCUGCUCCAGCCAGCGCCAGAGCCCGGAAGGAUCCUUGGCAUCGAGAGCCUUCGCGAUGGAGAAGGCUUCACAUCCUCGAGCCUGCCUCGCGACGCUAUUGCGAGGAGAUUCGUUGACGCCUACUUCCGGAACGUCAACCGGGCUUACCCAUUCGUCAAUAGGACUAAGGUCUUGCGAGACCUCGAGUCACUAGGCGAAUCUUCUAAGCGACGUAGAGAUGCCGACUCUACGCUGCUCUAUCUUAUCAUGGCGAUUGGAUGCACAACCUUGCAGCGCGCCGGCCAAAUACCCAACGACACGGCCUCCAAGUUCGACGUAGCCUACGCCGACAUCAUUCAGGAGUGUCUCGUGAGAGAAGACCUCGAGUCGAUCCAGAUCCUCGUCUUGGUGGCACUGUAUUCACUCUUCGACCCAAAGGGCAUCUCAACGUGGUCUAUAGCAGGCAUCGUUUCCCGCCAAGCCAUGCUCCUCGGAUUGAGUAGGAGAUCCUCCGAAGACAAGAAUCUCUCCGCCAUGGACAUUGAGCUACGCCAUCGCUUAUUCUGGAGUAUCUACGUCUUGGACCGGAUGAUGGCCAUCUCUCUAGGUCUCCCCGUGGCCCUCAUCGACGAGAACGUCGACGUCCCGCUGCCAGGCCUUACAAUCGAAGAGUUUGCUUCCCCAGGCCGUCAACACUUCGCUUCCAUCCUCCAAACAAAUCGCCACGUCAUCCAGCUCAGGCAGCUUGAAGACCGCAUCCUCAAGCAGAUCCACACUCGCAAACAACACGAGGUCGCCGCACUCUCGCAAGCAGACAGGCGCGCCAUAGUGCAGAACAUCCGCUCCGAGAUUGAGAACUGGUACAGCAACGGGUGCCUCGUCUCCCCACUGGAACCAGACAACGUCCCCAUCCACAACUCAGUCACCUGGCUCAGCGCGCGGUACUACCACCUUCUCCUCCUCCUCCACUACCCCUGCCACUUCAACUCGUGCGGCACCAUCGUCUCCGCCGUCGAGCUGCUGCGCUUCGCCCAGAAGCAUCUCCAGUCAACCUCGGUUCUCCUCCAGCAGCGCCAGCUCCCCUUGAACCGGGUCACCCUGUGCCGCCUCUUCCCCGUCGGUCUGGUCUUGAUCCACAGCUUCAUCGCCUGCGCCGCAGAAUGCACGUCCUUCUCCGCCCGCGACGAGGUCGCCGUCAUCGUCAGCAUCCUCGAGGCCUUCCCCGAGGGCUGGAACCAGGCGCGCCAAGCCGCCCAGGUAUUUCGGCAGUUCAUGGGUCUCAUCUCAGGGGUGCCCAAUAACGGCUACACGACUCUACACUUUCCCGGGAACAACAAUGUUUACGGCGGCAGCAGCAGCAGCGGCCAGUUUUCGUCUAGAGAAUCGUACCAGGCAAUGGUGCGGCCACUCAUCACGCGGCUCGUCGCGUUGAUGCAGGAGGUCCUCGGCCGGUCGACGUGUUAUGCCUUUCACGAGUUCCCGGACGAUUGUGGCGGGCAGGCUUCAGCGCCGGCGGGGUUUAGGGGCCAGACUGCGUUUUCGCCCACGGGGCCUACGCGCCAUUCGGCGGCGGUAGGGAAUGAUGAAUCGGCCAUGGACUAUGGCUGGGGGUCAUUGGAAUUGGGAUUUCUCUGA